UUCAAUUCGUAUUUUGCGCGUUCUUCAACCUUCUAUGAUUAAUUAUUCCUUUUAGGUACCUUGAGUAUUUCGCUAAGAGGAAGGAUGAAUUCCAGCAUCAGAGCGAAUCGUGGGAGCAAAGUCAUUUCCGAAGCUCUUAAAGGCCUGCGGACGAUGGAAACUUCCCACAAAGAACCGGAACCCGGUUAUGUUGGAUUUGCAAAUCUCCCCAACCAAGUUCAUCGCAAAUCUGUGAAAAAAGGCUUUGAGUUCACUCUUAUGGUUGUUGGUGAAUCUGGUUUGGGAAAGUCAACCCUUGUGGAUAGCUUGUUUUUGACAGACUUGUAUGAUGAUACUGCCAUUCCAAGAGUAGUUGAUCGUAUUCAUCAGACAGUUGAAAUUGAAACCAACACUGUAGAAAUUGAAGAGAAAGGUAUCAGGUUGAGACUAACAGUGGUAGAUACUCCAGGAUUUGCAGAUGCCGUAGAUAACACUGACUGCUGGCAAGCUGUAACAAAUUAUGUAGAUCAACAAUAUGAAGCAUACUUACAAGAUGAAUCAGGGCUCAAUCGCAGACACAUAGUGGACAACAGAGUUCAUUGCUGCCUGUACUUUAUCUGUCCACAUGGCCAUGGGUUAAAGCCGAUAGACAUUGCUUUCAUGAAGACACUGCAUACCAAAGUUAACAUUGUUCCAGUUAUUGCAAAGGCUGAUUGUUUGACUAAGUUUGAAGUACAGCGACUAAAAAGAAAGAUUUUAGAGGAGAUUGAUGACAAUGGUAUUAAAAUUUACACUUUCCCUGAAUGUGAUAGUGAAGAUGAUGAAGAAUUUGUUCAAAUCAACCAAGAACUCAAGGGUAGCAUUCCUUUCGCUGUGAUUGGUAGCAACAGCGUAACAGACGUGAGAGGAAAACAAGUUCGAGUUAGGCAAUAUCCUUGGGGAAUGGCAGAAGUCGAAAACCCCGAACAUUGUGACUUCAUAAAGCUCAGAAACAUGCUUAUAAGGACACAUAUGCAGGACUUGAAAGAUGUCACACAAGAGGUUCAUUACGAAAACUACAGGGCAGAAAGACUCUCUAGUCAGGGAGAACCUUCCAGUCCACGAAAAACAAUAGAGGGAAUGAAACGAAAAAGUGGUAAUUUCGAAUUGGAAGACGUGGAUACUGCUGAAAUCUCAGAGAAGGACCGAAUGUUGAGGGAAAAAGAAGCAGAGUUGAGGCGAAUGCAGGAGAUGAUAGCUAACAUGCAGAAACAGAUGGCGAAACAAAAAGGACCUGGGCUCGACGAAAAGUUCUGAAUAUGCAAAGAUGUACAUGAAGUUCUGUAAACUUAUAGUGUCUCUGACACUCUCUGCCUGUUUAGUUCUUAUCUAUCGCACUUGUAUGAUAAUUAUGUUCUCACACAGCCGUCUGAAGCUCCUCAUUUGAGCGUUGUGUUUUCACGUAUGCUUCUCUUGGAGAGUAUUGCGUGAUGGGCUAAAUAACGUGACUACCAAGUAACGUAAUAGGAAAAAACGAAUAGUUCUAUGUGAUAUAGAAGAAUAACUAAGUUGUUGGGUUUGAAAUCAUAAGCCGAUUGGCAGGCGUGUUGUGCGACAUGUCAUGCAACAACCCAAUGGAGAAUACCAAUUCUUUUUCUCAAUUAACCACGGUUAGAAUAAUUUUCCAUGUUAAUUCAAGCCAUAAUAAUGACCCGUUGCGAAAUGUGCAGUCUUUUAGAUUGUGUUAUAUUUAUUAAUGUGUUUCCGUCACAUUUGCAACCUCGUGUUUUGAAAGUGAUAAUCUAACCCAUCCCUCCAAGACCUAUUCCAACCUUAUACUAUUUACUUUACUUUUUGUGUGUGUUCAGAGUUUAUCUGGUUAAGAAAAGCAAACAACAUGACGAUAAAAUAAUGGUUCGAAUUCCGUUUCCACAAAAAGCGACCAAACGUAAUCAAGACACUUCUGUCUUUUAAUAGACCAGAAUCAUACUUACUGAUAUAGCUGUUGAAUAUGGCCUACGAAUUUAGGGAUUGCGUUCACGAAGAAAUUCAUGUAUGUUAGGCAAAAAAUACAGCAUACUUUAAAUUAC